AGAGGUAUCAAACAUAUUCCUAGCGUCACUGACUUUAAAUACUGAGCUCCUUUGUACCGUGAUCAGAUCAACUCUUAACUCUGAGCAGAGUUCUUGCUUCAACAGUGUUUGAACGGAGCCCUCUCUGAAUCUUCAGCUCUUAUUUUUUUCCCACUUACUAUUCUUUUUUUCAACCCAUCCUAAAGAACCACAAUGGCAUCCCAGCUGCGUCAGAACUACCACAGUGACUGCGAAGCUGCCAUCAACCGCAUGGUCAACUUGGAGCUGUAUGCAUCCUAUGUGUACCUCUCUAUGUCCUAUUACUUUGACCGUGAUGAUGUGGCUUUGGAGCACGUGGCCAAGUUCUUCAAGGAGCAGAGCCACGAGGAACGGGACCAUGCAGAAAAAUUCAUUAAGUAUCAGAACAAGCGUGGGGGUCGUAUUGUCCUUCAGGAUUUGAAGAAACCAGAGCGUGAUGAAUGGACCAACAGCCUGGAAGCCAUGCAGGCUGCUCUGCAACUGGAGAAGACUGUUAAUCAGGCUCUUCUGGACCUGCACAAGCUGGCGUCUGACAAGAACGAUCCUCAUCUGUGUGACUUAUUGGAGUCAGAGUACCUGGAAGAACAAGUCAAGGCUAUGAAACAACUUGGUGACUACAUAACAAACCUAAAACGUCUUGGGGUGCCCCAGAAUGGCAUGGGCGAGUACCUGUUUGACAAGCACACCAUGGGAGAGAGCAGUUGAAUAGACCUUCAAGGAUGACCGAGCCAGUCAACUAUGCAUCUUUCGUCUACCUGUAUAGUGUUACAAUCUAAUGCUCUGAACUCUAAAACAGGGUUGGAAAAACCUUCAGAACUCCAGAUGUUGAGGACUACAUCGCUCAUAAUGCCCUUACAGCCAUAAUGCUGUCAAAGCAUCAGGGGAGAUGUAGUCCACAACAUCUGGAGUGCUAAAGGUUGCCUACCCCUGCUCUAGAGAGUCCUCCCGUUGGGAGUAUGUACAGUGCAGAUUUUCUUUCUGCUGUUUUAAAUCCUGAAAUUGCUGCUCUGCUUGUCAACAUGUGUUCAAUAAAGGUUUUGUAUAAUUCCA